AUGAUUUCAGAUCUGGUGGGAGUUCACAUCAGUGAUCCAACAACUAUACAGACACCUUCUAUAGCAGUGGGUUUGACUCCAGGUCCUGGGUCAUUUUUGCCGCCCAGCACGACAGUGAGUCCUACAGAAGUGACACCAACUACCAGUUUGACCUUUCCUUUGACCCCCAGCACGGCAGUGAAUCCUACAUCAGGAGGUCAAAGCUCCACAGAAAGCGUUCUGGUUUCGACUGUUACUUCUACUUUGACCCCUGACAUCACAGUGAGACCAACUAGUUUGACCUCUCCUUUGGCCCCCAGCACAGCAGUGAAUCCUACAUCAGAUUUGACUGUUAAUCCUACUUUGACAACUGACACACCAACGAGUCCAACUGAAAGAGGUCAAAGCUCCACAGAAAGCGUUCUGGUUUCGACUGUUACUUCUACUUUGACCCCUGACAUCACAGUGAGACCAACUAGUUUGACCUCUCCUUUGGCCCCCAGCACAGCAGUGAAUCCUACAUCAGAUUUGACUGUUAAUCCUACUUUGACAACUGACACACCAACGAGUCCAACUGAAAAGGUGCAAUUAUGGCAGACAGCAGUGGGUAUGGCUUCUGGAGUGGGCGUGUUCUUGAUGGGAUUGACAGCUGUCUAUCUCUGCAGGAGGACCAAGAAAACCAAUUCUCUGAGACCUACAGCCAGACAGGAUGAUCACAGCCAAUGUGAUUUGGUGAUGGGAGCUAUGAGCAGUGCAGGCAUGUUGGAUUCAAGGGAUGCUGGGAUCUAUUCUCUCAUCACCUCUGUACCGUCCACGUUUUUGCCCUCAGGUCCUGUGCAGGUAUCUGCAAAUGAAGAUGCUGAUUCAGAGAAUGCAGGGGUCUACAGCCUGGUCACUUCUGUACCAUCCACAACUUUACCAUUAGGUCCUUUUGAAGAAAAUGGUUCUUUGAGACUGUGGUCCCAGCUCUCUUCAGGUCAUUGACCAGGUCCUGCCGUGUAGUUCUGGGCUGAUCCCUCACCUUUCUCAUGAUCAUUGAUGCCCCACGAGGUGAGAUCUUGCAUGGAGCCCCAGACUGAGGGUGAUCGUCAUCUUGAACUUCUUCCAUUUUCAAAUAAUUGCACCAAUAGUUGUUACCUUCUCACCAAGCUGCUUGCCUAUUGUCCUGUAGCCCAUCCCAGCCUUGUGCAGGUCCACAAUUUUAUCCCUGAUGUCCUUACACAGCUCUCUGGUCUUGGCCAUUGUGGAGAGUUUGGAGUCUGUUUGAUUGAGUGUGUGGACAGAUGUCUUUUAUACAGGUAACGAGUUCAAACAGGUGCAGUUAAUACAGGUAAUGAGUGGAGAAAAGGAGGGCUUCUUAAAGAAGAACUAACAGGUCUGUGAGAGCCGGAAUUCUUACUGGUUGGUAGGUGAUCAAAUACUUAUGUCAUGCAAUACAAUGCUAAUGAAUUACUUACAAAACAUACAAUGUGAUUUUCUGGAUUUUUGUUUUAGAUUCCGUCUCUCACAGUUGAAGUAUACCUAUGAUGAAAAUUACAGACCUCUACAUGCUUUAUAAGUAGGAAAAGCUGCAAAAUCAGCAGUGUAUCAAAUAUUUGUUCUCCCCACUGUAAGACCUUUAAGGUACAGCAAAUACAAAUCCUAUGGUUUUUUUCUCCGUUUGAAAUGCUCUCUUCUGUAAAACAAAAAAUUA